AGGAGGCAAUUCAAUCUGUAUUUCUUCUUUCUUUUGGGAACAUGACCAUUGUGAAUUUCUCCAUUGAAUAUAAUUCCAUCAAUAGCCGGAACAUCUUCACAAGUGGAGAUACAAUUAACGGACGGAUUAUUGUGGAGACCUCUAAAGACACUGCAAUCCAGUCACUCAUUUUUGUUGGAAAAGGAAGUGCAAAGGUUCGCUGGACUGAACAUCACGGACAAAAACAUAACCACUACUACUGGUCUGAUGAAAAAUAUUAUGAUAUCAAACAGCAUAUCUUGAAAGAUGGUAGUAAAACAAUUACCAAAGGAAGACAUGUCUUCCCUUUUACCUUCAAGGUCCCUGACAGAAAAAUGCCGUCUUCUUUCCAGUCAAGGACUGGUAGAAUUGUUCAUAAGGUUAAGGCAGAGCUCAAACGGUCAAUGAAACUGACAAAGGAAGCUAAAGCCCACUUUACAUUUGUCUCCAAAGCCGACAUGGAUAUACACGGACUCAUGGAACCUCAACAUGAUUGCACUGAUAAAAGUCUCAGCACUUUUGGCUCUGGUAGCAUUUCGAUGGAUGUUCACACGAGCCGAAUGGGAUACCAGCAAGGUGAAGAUCUCCAAGUCCAAGUUGAAAUUCACAACCAAUCAUCUCGUGACUUGAAGCCUAAAUUCGUAUUGUACGAAAAGCAGAGUUUCUUUGCUCAGGGUCACAGGAGACUUUACACAAAGGAUAUUCUUAAAGAGAAAGGGGAGCCCGUUGAGGCGCAUAGUAACAAGACUGUGACGAAGAUAAUCACCAUCCCCAGAGAGCUGCCGACGUCCAUUUUGAAUAGCGCCAUCAUCAAGCUGGAAUACAGGCUGAAGAUUUUCCUGGAUGUCAAAUUAGCAACGGACCCAAAGAUCAAACUUCCAAUCAUUGUCCUAUCUGCCCUUGAGGUUUCUGACAGAAAACAACCACCGGGUCCUGCAGCUGCCAUUGGAUUUGAUGCAUUUGGGAACUCAAACCAACCAUCCUGGAGCCAAACACCGCAGUAUAGCGCAGCAACCCAACCACUGGACUUCCCUCCACCAUAUGAAUCACACACGGUGUAUCCCUCCUUAAAUAAUGCAGACAAAUAUGGAAAUGUUCUAUAAAUCUCCUUCCACCGGUGAUGUACGAUGAGGUUCAAGGCAGGAGUUGUUUUUUUACAUUUAAUUUCAUAUGCUGUCAAUGCUCAUUAAGAGGAUAACAAGAGAAUAAUUCACUUUCAUAACAUUUUAAUCAAAUACUUCUUAAUCACAUUAAAUGACUUUAUGACAUUAAAAACAAUUUGUGGUCUUACCUUUUAUUUGUAUAUGAAGUACAUGCACCUAUUCCAGGGAAAGCUUAUUAAAAAGCUGAUUAUAAAAGUGUGAUCACAGCAGAACAUUAAUAAAU